AUGGAUAUCAUCCUCGAACUCUGGGACACCUUUAUUGGGGAUCGCCUGUACUCGACCAUUCUCCCAACCUCGCUUUCCUCCGCCGUAUCCUUCCCGGGUUUUGUGAACGCGGCCAACAGUUCCCUGUCCCUCUUCGGUGCGGCCGAGCCCUUUGUCUACGAACCCGCCACCCAAUUGAUUCAUUUGGAACCCUCCAAAUAUGCGUACCUGAGUGCAUGGCCAAGGAACAAUGUCUAUCGACAAUUCACCAGCUUUUUCCUGAUCACCUGGAUUUUUGGCCUCUUAGUGUAUUUCACGGUUGCAACGCUGUCUUACAUCUUCAUAUGGGACAAGACUACGGUCAAGCAUCCGAAAUUCCUCCGGAACCAGAUCACCUUGGAAAUCAAGCAGGCCAUGGGGGCCAUGCCCCCCAUGGCUCUAUUGACAGCUCCAUUCUUUGUGCUUGAGGUUCGAGGCUACGCCAAACUCUACGACGCCGUCUCCGAUGAGCCUUUUUCGUACUACAGCCUCCUGCAAUUCCCGUUCUUCAUCUGUUUCACCGAUUUCUUCAUCUACUGGAUCCACCGUGGCCUGCACCAUCCGCUCGUCUACAAGACCCUGCAUAAGCCUCACCACAAGUGGAUUAUGCCGAGUCCCUACGCCUCCCACGCAUUCCACCCGCUUGACGGUUGGGCCCAGAGUGUCCCGUACCACGUCUUCCCAUUCAUCUUCCCGCUCCAGAAGCUCGCCUAUGUGUUCCUGUUUGGCUUCAUCAACCUCUGGACUGUCUUCAUCCAUGAUGGCGAGUAUGUGGCCAACAGCCCCGUCGUGAACGGAGCUGCCUGCCACACCAUGCACCACCUGUACUUCAACUACAACUAUGGCCAAUUUACCACGCUGUGGGACCGCAUGGGUGGUAGCUACCGCAAGCCCAACGAAGAGCUCUUCCGACGGGAGACUAAGAUGGGGAAAAAGGAGUGGGAAAAGCAGUCCAAGGAGAUGGAAGCGAUUCUCCAGACCGUCGAGGGAGAGGACGACCGCAGCUACCUGGUCCCGGAACAGAAGAAAACUUUGUGA